UAGUUUGGUAACUUGGUAUAUGGAAUUGGAAAGCAUCUGUCUGUUUUCUGUUAGAAACUACAUCGGAAUCGCAAUUCGCAAACCCUUGCCGUCGAACAACAUUCGAUUCGCUUCGCUUCAGUGUGCAUUGCCAUUCUGUAAUACACUGCCUGAGGUUGAACCUUAUUUGGCUUCAUGGCGAGGAUUAAACCUCAAGCUCUGUUACAGCAAAGCAAAAAGAAGAAAGCACCCAGAAGCAUCAGUAUUCCCACAAUUGCAUUGUAUAGUGUAGUUACUGUGGUUAUGGUGUUUUUCCUGUUUGCCACGUACAGACACUGGUCUCAAAGGUCAAUAAUGCAGACAGAAGAAGGAUCAACUUUUCAGGUUGAAGAUGAAUUUUCAGAUACAAAGAAAUCUGACGUUCCUAGAUAUGCCAUUUUCAACACCUCUAAAGGUCUGAUCACGGUGGAACUUUACAAGGAAGGUUCGCCUGAAGUUGUUGAUGAAUUUAUUGAUGCCUGUCAGAAGGCACACUUUAAAGGGAUGCUAUUUCAACGUGUGGUGAAACAUUUUGUAAUCCAAGGAGGCAACUCUGAAAAUCACGCAGUUAUAGAGGACUGGACUUCUAGAGAGAAGCACUACAAUCAGCUUGAGAAAAGACUAAAGCAUGAAGCCUUUAUGCUUGGUACGUCCAAUAUGAAACAUGACAAAGAAGGAUUUGAUAUUUUCAUUACAACGGCACCAAUACCAGAUCUAAAUGCGAAACUUAAUGUGUUUGGACGCGUUAUUAGAGGAGAAGAUAUUGUUCAGGAAAUUGAGGAGGUGGAUACAGAUGAACAUUACAGACCUAAAUCUCGAAUUGGGAUCAUUGAUGUGACACUGAAACAGAAGAUAUAAGGUUGAAUUAAUUUUUUUGGAGGAUGGUGGCAUCAUAUAUUGUUUUGUGUAUGUGUUUGUUAAUGUUCUGCUGCUGCUACGUAGAAGAUGUGAAAGAAGACUUGGUGGGUUGUUCUUAAUUAGAGUUUUAGGUCAUACAAUAACCUUAUUAAUGUUUACUUUUGUCAUGAAAUUCAUCAAUCAGGUUUUGAUGCUCCCGUUUUCUACCUCUAAUUAAGAUCAAAUAUGUGCUAGUUCCAUGC